CUAAAUACCAAUGACAACAGACAAACUGACACCCACCCACCUACUCACUCAGUCACUCAGGUCAAGCUGCAAAGCUCCCCUCUGCCUACCCUCCCCACGAAAUAGCUUCUACGUCUGUGACGGCAGGCAAUCACACAGAUGACUCUGGCCCCUCUUGCCUCUCACCUUUCCAACUAACCAGCCGGAGGAGACCGGAACAACUUGAGAUUACCCCCUGAAGGUCCUUCAGGACAGGCUUCAAGGGUAGCUAUGUCUCGGUUCACCACCAUGACAACAAGGGAAAGGAAAAUGCAGGCGGCAGCAAUCUGCAGGGAGGUGCAUGCUCAGGAUGAGUUUUCGAUGGAUCUUGGGAAGAAAAUGAGCGUGCCCAAAGACAUCAUGCUCGAGGAGCUUUCCCUUGCCUCCAACCGUGGGUCCCGACUCUUCAAACUGCGCCAGAGACGCUCAGAAAAGUACACUUUUGAGAAUGUCCACAAUCAAAACAACAUGCAAUUAAAUAACAACGCAAUUCCUAAGUCUGAGAAUGAGACUACCACAUUCACCAACGGCAACGAGGACAACUCUAGAACCAACCAACCAUAUAAAGUCACAAUUGACACACUGGACACAAAAAUGAUACCAAACCCAGGCAUUAUUGCUCCAGGAUAUGGAGGUCCUUUGAAAGACAUCCCUCCAGAGAAGUUUAACAGUACAGCUGUGCCGAAGUCAUACCGCUCACCCUGGGAGCAGGCCAUUAUCAACGACCCAGCAUUGGCUGACACACUAAUUACCCGAAUGCCUCACACAAAGCCUCAAGCAGAAUGUCCAGGAUACAAGAGCUUCAACAGAGUCGCAACCCCUUUUGGUGGAUUCAUCAAAGCACCCCGGCCAGUUCCUGACAAUCAACUUCAGGUGGAAACCUUCCCAGACCUCCAAGCACUUCAGGACGAUGGUGGGCUACAUCGACCAUCCUUCAACAGAUCUGCUCUGGGCUGGACGUCAACUGCCAGCCCAGCCGCACUCCCAACUGUUUGCCCGGAGCUUGUUCUCAUCCCUGAGUCAGAAGACCUUUGAAUCUGUGAAGGAGUAACCCAAAGAUGCUGACUAUGUAGUUUCUUUAGCAGAGAUGAAUGUGGGUAGGAUGUGAGGGGGAAGAAAAACAUCCUGUAAGGUCUUGGCUGUUGAGGUUUAGGCUGUGUGUGUGUUUAUGCAGAAUUUCUUUUCUCGCUUUUCUGCAACAUAAGUGUAAGAUAUUGUAUUAAAUGUUCAUGUGUUUAUUUUCUCUCAUAGCAAAGUAUCUGUUGCCAAAUAAAGUUGCAUAAAUGCUACUGAAACAGCAGAAUCUACCAUGGGAGUAAUGGUAAGAUAAAUGUCUGAUGGAUCCGUUCAAGAAUAAUCUCCAAGAAAGCUCAUAAUAUGGUUUAAGUUGACUAAAAUAUCAACACUAUUAAAGCUGUUUUUCCCCCAUGCAAGUAGUUUUGCUGAAAAUUGCUUACACUAACUUUACACCACUAAAAACAUAUUUGUAUGGACAUGCCUAAAUUAUAUAUACGGCAUAGUAUUUGGCCACGAGAGAAGAAAGAUAGAUUUAAAAAAAAGUUGGAAAAAAGUAUUACACUUAUUAGAUAUAAUUAAAAUUUGACGAGCAAAAAAGUCAUGAAAUUAUCAGAAAACGGUCAAGAUUUUAAGAGAAUGAAGUCGUAAAAUUAUUAGAAAAAAGUCAAACUGUUACAAGAAGAAAGUCAUAAAAUUAU